AAGAUUUCUCAACAGUUACGAUUUCGAUAAGAAGUUACGGGGAUGAAGAUGAUCAUGAUCAAUGGAAUAACUGCUUCUGCGAUUACCUUUCUAUUUGUGAUCUCUGUUCUCAUUGUUAGAGAUCAUUUCAUUUCGUUGCUUUCUUCAAGCAGUUCAAACGUAGGUUUAGCAGUUCAGAUUGUUGAGUUGCAGAAACGGUUUAUCAGAAGUACACCAGAGGAAUUUCGCGCAAUUUCUGCAACCGACGAUUCGGUUUCUUCUCCUACUCUUGACGUUAAUCUUAGAAAUCAAUCUCCAGUUAUAGAACAACUUGGAAUGGUGGAACGUCAGCUAGCACGAGCACGAGCUGCGAUUAGGAAGGCGGCCAACGCUCGGAACGUAUCCAUGGAUUACCUCGACAAAAACCGCAUAUAUCGCAAUCCUCGUGCCUUUUAUCAGAGCUAUAUGGAAAUGGAGAGGAGAUUGAAGGUAUAUGUGUAUGAAGAAGGGGAGAUACCAAUUGUACAUGAUGGGCCUUGCAAGAACAUAUACACAUCCGAAGGGAGAUUCAUACAUGAAAUGGAACUUUGGAAAAUUGGAGGAAAAAGGUUUAGGACAAAGGACCCAAGAGCUGCACAUGUUUAUUUUAUGCCAUUCAGCGUGACAUGGAUGGUUAAGUAUCUAUACAAGCCUCUUUCAUAUGAUAUGACUCCAUUGAAACAGUUUGUGUCUGAUUAUGUAAGGGUCAUCUCUACCAAACACCCUUUCUGGAAUGCUACAUCUGGCUCUGAUCACUUUAUGCUGUCUUGCCAUGACUGGGGACCACAUGCAUCACAAGGACACCCUCAAGUGUAUAACAAUUCGAUAAGGGUACUAUGUAAUGCAAACUCUUCUGAAGGGUUUAACCCACUAAAAGAUGUUAGUCUUCCAGAAAUCAAUCUCUAUGAUGGUAAUAUCUCUCCAAAACUAGCUCACCCUUCUCCAAACAACUACACUGAUCGCCCAAUACUAGCAUUUUUUGCCGGGGGGCUCCAUGGUCCAAUCCGACCAAUAAUUCUCCACCAUUGGAAAUCCCAAACAAAACCUACUAUCCAAGUCCAUGAAUACUUACCAAAUGGCUCCGACUACAAUUCUUACCUCUUACGAUCCAAGUUCUGUCUUUGUCCUAGUGGAUAUGAAGUCGCAAGCCCGCGAAUAGUUGAGGCUAUAUACGCUGAAUGUAUUCCGGUUAUAAUAUCUGACCAUUAUGUUUUGCCUUUUAGUGAUGUUUUGAAUUGGAAGGCCUUCUCGAUAGAAGUUAAGGUUUCGGAGAUUCCUAUGAUGGAGGAGAUUCUGAUGGGAGUUUCUGAGGAGAAGUACUUGAGGUUGUUGAAGGGUUUGAGAGCGGUGAGGAGACAUUUUGUGUUUAAUCAACCUGCUAAACGGUUUGAUGUCUUUCAUAUGAUUUUACAUUCUGUUUGGCUUAGAAGACUUAAUGUAAGACUUGGGUAAGUAUAUAUAUAGACUAUGUAGAGAAGAACUUAGUAUAUUUAUAAUAAUUAUUUCAUUUUAGGUUAGAUGCAGAUUGAA